CGUGACUAGUGACAGCUGUGUUUGUGGAAGCCAUUUUUUCCCCUUCAAAUAAUAUGCUCAAGGACACUGCAGACACCAAUAAAAGGAUAAUGGAUACACAGUGAAAAAAAUAAUGGCUUGCAAGGGGAGCAAGUAGGACAUGAGAAAAGGUGACAAAUCCUAUCCAGAAGUUAUAUGCAUACAGCUAUUAAAACCCAAAGAAAAAGAGUUUUCAGCAUAUUUAACAAGCUUAAGGUCCAGAACCAGUAGUGGAAAUGGUCUCAAUUUACAAAAUGUCAGAAGAUAAAGAUGAAGAAGACAAAGAAGAUAAAAUCUAGGAUAUACAAACCUGCUUGGCUGCACAGCAGUAAAAAUAUUAACUGCUUUCGCUUCUAAUCAGGGGAAAAACUAAAGUAUUUCUUUAGCAAAGUAAACAACAUUUCUCUUCUCUGAAUUCCAGUGGUAACACAGACCAACAAAAACUUAAAAGAACCAGUAGGAUCUCCUCUCUACCGACAUGGCUUACAGACAAGUAGCAGCAGGAAAGGAAUGUCUUGAUCUCUUCCAUAGACCACAGUUGUCUCCAAAGCCCCCGAAUCUACCAGAAACUGUGUUGCAAUGGAUAAAACUUGAUAUAAGUCAUGCUGAUAUAGACAGACUUCCUGAGUCUAUUGCCAGGUGCAAAAAUGCUAAGCAUAUAUUAGCAGGGGGUAACAGGUUAUCUUCUUUACCACAGUCCAUAUCCAACCUGCCAUAUCUCACAGUGUUGGACUUAUACAGGAAUGCCUUCACUACAUUCCCCAUAGCACUCUGUCGCCUAACUAACUUAGAAGAGCUUUACCUUAAUAACAAUAAGCUGUCUGAUAUACCAAAGAAAAUCGCAAAAAUGAAGCGGCUUAGAAAAUUUAUGCUCGAUCACAAUGCCUUAACUACAUUCCCCAUAGCACUAUGUGGCUUGACUAACCUAGAGGAGCUUUACCUGGGUGACAAUCAGCUAUCUGACAUACCAGAGAAGAUCACCAGGCUGGUGAGACUGAAAAAAUUCUGGCUGUAUAAGAAUAAGUACACUAAAUUCCCCAUAGCAUUGUGUGGUAUGACUAACUUAGAGGACCUUUACCUGGACAAAAACCAGCUAUCUGACAUACCAACAGAAAUCACUGGGAUGAAGGGACUUAAAAUAUUCUGGCUUUCUCACAAUGAAUUCAAAACAUUUCCCACAGCACUGUGUGAUUUGACUAACUUAGAAGAGCUGGACCUGGGUGACAACCAGUUAUCUGACAUACCUCUGAAGGCUACAACAAUGGAAAAACUACAGUCAUUUGGUAUAUCAUUUAAUAAUAUAACUCACCUGCUACCUCAGAUGAAGAAAAUGAUAAGUCUUAGACAACUAUAUGUGGUAGGUAAUCGUCUGCUACAACCACCUAUGCAUACUGCCAAGCAGGGACUAGAUGCCAUCAAGAGGUAUUUUGAGGCCUUAACUGACACCAAGGCAAUCCAGUCAAGUAGAAUACAGGUCAACUUUCUGGGUGAAACAGAAUCGGGAAAAACUAGCAUUUCACAUUCACUGCAACUGGGACAGCCAGCAUCCACUGAGUCAGCAGACAGGACGAGAGUGGUGGAACAAGAAACAUGGGUAUAUGACCAAGAUAUUGCCUUCAAUAUCAAUGACUUUGGGGGGCAUGAGGUCUACAAAAUAGGACAUCCCAUUUUCAUGUCCAAACAUACCAGUAGCUUGGUUUUCAUCACUUUUGACCUUUCAAAAUAUGAUCCAGAAGACAAGGCUCAUUAUCAGCUCUAUAUUGGAGACUGGAUUGACAAAGUGCAAGCACAGAUGCCAGGGAUACAAAUUGCACUAAUUGGAACUCAUCUUGAUGAAGCUGAAGCUCUAAGUGUAGAAACAAAAUGUUCUGCAAUAAAGAAACAACUUGAAGACCACAAAAACAAAAAUAAAAAGUGGUAUGACAUUCAAAAAGAGACUGUUGAGAAUAAAAUACAGAAAACAAGUGACUUCUCACCAGCUCUUCGCCAGGCCUACCAAGAAAAAGUAGAUAAAAUGCAGUCCUUGUCUCAUCAAGUUCAACCCAUCUAUGAGCAUAUUUUCAGGGUGAGUUCAGAAAACAUGACUGGAGUUGAAAAAUUAAAAAAGUACCUCAUUGAUUUUGCCAGGGAAAGAGCAGAAGUUUUGCCAGAAUUGUGGGUGAAUGCAGCCAAGAACAUCUGCACCAAGAAACAAGAAGGCUCUGAGAACACGCUUGAUUGGGAGAUGCUUCAAGAACUCAUUAUGCAGUCUGCACCUCACGCAUGGAGGGAAAGGAACUCACAUGAAGAAACAAAGAAAAUAAUGUGUGACAUCUUAAGUUUCCUUGCUCAUCGUGGAGACAUCAUUUGGUUUGAUAAAAGCCCCUCACUGACAAAAGUUGUUUUCCACAAGCAAGAAGUUCUUGAAAAUGUUCUCAAGGCAGUACUUAGUCAUGAUCCAGAGGCAGUUUUACAAAAACUCCAGGUGUCCAUGAGGUUUACCAGAAAAAAAGCACGCACCUUACAUGCAGACAUCUUUACCAGAGGCAUCAUAUCUAGACAAGCUAUGAGCUGCUUGUGUGAGCCCUUCAAAUUGUCCACCACUGAAGUUGAUGCCAUGAUAGAUCUGUUGCUGAAACUUGAGCUGUGUUUCCAAGUUCAGGAACAUGAGUCUAACCUUUCUUUUCACUUUCCAUGUCUCCUUCAAGAAAAAAGACAACCUGAACUAGAAACCAAAUGGCCCAGCAAGGUUCCCCCAGACAUCAAUCAACUAACUCUUCAGGUUAUCUUUCCAUACAGGUGUCCAGAUGGCUUAUAUGAGAAAUUUUCUGUUCGUCAGCACAAGCAUCUUGGACUCCUGAAGACCAAACGAAUGGACUGGAGGAAUGGGAUGUAUGCAGAACUUGAGAGGUGCAAAAUGCUGCUGACACAGGAGAGAGACCAGCAAAAUCUUAGUCCUGGGCAAGACCCAGACUUGAUUAUCAGUAUAGCUGUCCGUGGACAACAUCUUUCAGACCAGUGGCAAGUUCUAAAACGUGCCCAUGGUGACCUCAUGAACAUCAUUCAUGAGGACUGGCCUGGGCUGCCAUAUGACAAGUACCUGGUAUGCCCCCACUGUAUGAGUGAGGACAACAAGGACAGUGAGCACCAAACCCUCCUUCUUGAAGAAACACCUAAUGUUCCCCUAACCACUACUCAAGAUCCAGAGGAAGUACAUGUACCAACCAAGAGAAAAAGAUAUACUCAGAAAGCACCAACUCUCUUCCCUGGAGAGAUUCUUGACCAAACCAAUGUACCAGGGUCUGGCCCCAAAGAAAAGUGGGUUCCAUGUGUCAAUACUGGUGUCUAUAGCUACAUUCCUGUAAACCUGGUCUAUCCACCCAGCUGGCAGGAUGCUAUACGUAAACAUAAAACUGAACUGUGUGAAAACAUCACAGAACCUUGUCUCCUGGACAUGUUGGAUAAGUUCCUCCAAGAAGGCAUCAUCACUGACCGUGAAGCUCAGACAGUGAGAGCCCAGCCCUCAACUGACAGGGUAAAAUGGCCAGAGAAAGUUGCAGUAUUCCUGGAUAUUCUAAUGAGAAAACCUUCAAAGGCACAUGUUACACUGUGUCAGUGUCUGCUGGAACAAGAACGGACUGAUCUUCUUGAAUUGAUCAUGUAACAGUGGCAUGUCCAAAGAAAGUUGCAGCAUUCCUGGACAUUGUAACCAGGAAGCCUAACAGGGCAUUUGAUAUACUGUGUCAAUAUUUUCAAAAUCCAGGACAGACUCAUCUUCUUGAACUGAUCAAGUGAGCAAAAUGUUUUCAAUAUCAAGGACAGACUCAUCUUCUUGAACUGAUCAAGUGAGCGAAAUGUUUUCAAUAUCAAGGACAGACUCAUCUUCUUGAACUGAUCAAGUGAGGAAAAUAUUUCAGAGCACAUGUAAUAAUCAAAAUAUGCAAAAUAAGAACAAUGACAAUAAAGGAAAAGUAAACUGACAGGAAUCUUUGAUAACUAAUACAACAAGAGUAGUUAGUACAGUGUAGUUAAGAAAAUUCCAAGACCUUUAUCAAUAGGUGAAAAUGUGACUGUGUUAAAGAAUUCUACAGAGUACCAGUGGGAACUAUUUAAAUGUUGUACUGAAGAUCAUAACUGCCAAUACUGGUAUAUUAUUUUCCGAAUUUGUAAUUUUUUAAAUUUAAGUAUACUGACAUGUAAUUGUGUUUGAUUUGAAUUUGAUAAAUAACCUACUGGUUCCAAGUAAUUUGAUAUACUAGUUAUGAAAGUACAUUAAAAGUUAAAGUAAAAGAAAGAUUCAAUACAAGUAUGUUGACAGUACAUGCACUUGACAAGUAAAACAAGAAAGAUGAGUUCCCUUUAGGCAGACUGUGAAUCUUACAAGCUAAAGUCAUGGAAAAAUUUAUGUAAAUAAGGGACCAAUGUUCAAGGUUGCUAGUUAUAAAUGUUUGUUUUCAGUAACAGGGGCAGAUCCAGACAUAUAUUUUUGACGGCCUUCCAAAUUCUCUUUGAUGAUCCAUCCUCCAUUUUUGACCAUCUUCUGACAGAAAAUGAGAUACCUUUCAAUGUAAACUUGAAAAAUUCUGACUGUCUCCUGGAAGACCCAGAAGACAGCUUCUGUCCGCCCCUGAGUAGGAAGUGAAAAUA